AUGGCCGGACGAACCACAGUCUUCCUCACCCCCGAGGAGACCAAGCGCGUCACCCAAAAGUUUGAGCACGGCGUCGAGCAGCGCAAGACCCGCGCCGGCGAGGCCUGGAAGGCCGAGGACCGCAGGGGCCUCGUUCAGCAUGCGACGUCCACGUCUCUCAUGCAAGAGCUGUCCCUGGCGUCGCUGGGCUUUGGCGGCGCGGCCCCGAAAAAGGGGGGGGGCGACGAGACCAUGAUGACCUAUGCCGUCGGCGCGCCGUACCCGCCGUGCACCGUCGAUGCCGCGGACCUUGAGCCAAUGGCGGUCGCGGAGCUGCAGCUCGAGAGUCACCACCGCGGCAAGAAGCUUACGGUGCGCCGCGUCUCCCCCGUGGCGGAGCUCAAGACGUCGUCGUGGGCGGUGGUGGAGGGUGUCGGGGCCGAGCCGGACCAGGUCGUGGUGUUGGAGAUGUUUCUGCACAAGCAGCUUAUGGGCACGGAGCUGCUCGAUUUCGGCUCCGAGUUUGUCAUCAAGGAGCCCUAUUACACGCUCAACGGCGACAACGAGGCCGUGGUUCGCAUCAACCACCCCUCGGACCUGGUCGUUGCAGCGUUUAGCGAGGAUCCUGAAUCCUGGCGCGACAACUACAAGGUCGAGGACCCGGCCGUCACCCCGGCGCAGUGCAAGGAAAAGGGCAACACGGCGCUCGGCAAGCAGCAGUACGCUCUCGCGCACGCCUACUACACGCGGGGCAUCGCCGCCGCCGACGCCGCCGCCGACCCCGCGAGCACCUUGUCCCAGGACAUUCGCCGCAACCGCGCGCACGUCAACCUCCUUUUGCAGCGCUACGACGAGGCCAAGACCGACGCGCUGGCGUCACUCACCAACGGCGCCUCCGAGGAGCAGCAAGCGCUCGACGCCAAGGCGUGCUUUCGCGCCGGCAGCGCCGCCUACGCGCUGGGCGAGUUUGUCGAGGCCAAACGUUGCUUUGUCGAGCAGGACCGGCUGCAGCCGGACAACAAGACGACGCAGACCAACAUCCGGCGGACGACCAAGCGCGUGGAGGAGCAGGAAAAGGGCAGCCACGACAUGAAAAAGGUCGUCGCCAGCCUGCCCAAGGUGCAGUGGAAGCCCGACGUGGCGAGCUUUGACGGCAAGACGACGGUCAAGAGCAGUCCGGGAGCGGGACGGGGGCUGUUUGCCGCGCGUGACUUCAAGGCCGGUGAGCUCAUCAUGUGCGAAAAGGCGUUUUGCACAGUGUCGAGCAAGGACAAGGCCAGUCCCGCGGUCACGGCGCUGACGGUGAAUAUUGGCCAAGACUACAGCAUUCGUGUGUUCCCCGCCGGUCUGCACCGCGCCGUCGUGCAGAAGCUGCUCAACAACCCGUCGCAGGCCUCCAAAGUCCUCGGCCUCGACAGCGGCGAUUACCAAGGCGUCGGCGAGACCGGCGCCUCAACCGCCGAGGGCCCCGUCGUCGAUACCUUUCAGGUGCACAACAUUGUGCAGCGCAACGCCUUUGGCCUCGGUCCGCAGUCCGCCGACGAGGACGUCUCCAACGCCACGACUGGUCUGUGGGCGCGCGCCUCGUACCUCAACCACUCGUGCAUGCCCAACUCGGUCAAGGAUUUCGCCGGCGACCUGAUUGUGGUGCGCGCGUUGCAGCACAUUCGCACCGGCGACGAGAUUACGCACGCGUACCAGGACAAUGGCGACUACGACGCCCGUCAGGCUUUGCUGCAGACGACGUGGGGGUUUACGUGUCGGUGCAAGCUGUGCGUGGCGGAGGCGGCAGACGGCGACGAGGUGAGGGUGAAGAGGCGGGAGCUGAUGAAGGAGGCGGAGGAGUUUGUGCAGAGCAAUAAUCCGAAUGGCGCGCGCAUUGUUGCGCUGACGAAAGCAAAGAGGUUGCGAAAGGCGCUGGAUGAUACGUAUGAUGGGAAGCGGUUCAAGGGGCUGCCGAGGUUGGCGACAAAGGAGAUUGAUCAGUGGCUGGCGAUUGCGCAGCGAUAG